UCUUCGAAUUAGACCGAUGAUGCUAAAUAGUGACAGUUUCGUGGCUUUUCAGUUGCAAAUAUCUACUUAAUCUAUCAACUUAAUAAUGAGACAUAUUGUAAUACCACCGAGGUGAAUGAAGUUGCGAUGAUCAGAAGAUCGAAAUGAAUGAAACACAAAAGAUAACGUAUAGCCAACCAGGCCAUGAGAGAAUACUGAUGCCGUCAUCGAAUUUUAAUCAAGGACAUCAGAAAAUAAUGAACACCUUAUACCUGAUAACAUUAAAUACAGAAAUUUCAGGAAAAUGGACUGUUUUCGUCGAUCAAGAACUACGCUGGCAUCUAAAAAUCAUAGUUAAAAUAACGAGUAAUUUGGUUUCGUAACGGUAUAUCCAGUCAAGGAUCAUAAACGAGAUUCAAUAAUGCAGUUAUAGUACCAGUUUGGUUUUAUAUUAACAGCUACAAGUUACGUGUAAACCAUAAUAAUUCAAAGAAAUAUAGUAAGUAGUAGUUUAUGAUUCCGCGUAAGUUGCAGUCUUGAAGUCAACUGAGCGAAACACAUUAAUAUCAGGUGUUAGGAAUAGCACUUUCGUUAAGUGCAGUUGUUAUUCCAACUUGUAAUUGGUGAUAAAUUAUCUUUUACUAUCAUUAUUUUUAAUCUAAUGUUAAUUCAACUAAAUCAAUAUAUUUUUGUACGGUAACAGAGAUCUCUCGAUCGUUUAAAUCCUGAUAAUCCGUGAUUAGGUAUUUUAAAAUUUAUUAUUAUUAAAUUAGCUACUCGACUGUAUAAAAGGAAAGUAAAAAUAAAUGUAUUGAACAAAUAGAUAGUAGUUUGCACAACUUGAGACUUUCCCCAAGAUUUCUAUCGGUUAAUGUUUUGUUUAUUAAUUAUAUCUAAAUGUUUUAACAAGUCAUUGUUAAAACAAUUUAUUAAUUUCAAUGCAUGCUAAAAGAUCAGCAGUUAAACACUGUCAUAAUAAUGUUCUACAACGGUGGGAUUGCGGAAGAAUACAAAUGUAUGAACGUACGGAGACCGGACGAGUCAAUCGGCGCGCGCGCACCGUUCCCUGCUUCCAUCGAGGGAUUGACAAAUUGAACUAACUCUAACGUCACCGCCCAACAACACAAUUACACACGAACACAACAUAAUCGAAACAGCAAUUGCGAACGGUAAUCGUCCUACCAAAGCUGUUAUCGCAGCAGACUUUUUAAUUAAUCGUGACCCCAUUCUAUAAAUUAAAUACGUGAAUAAAAUAACUUUUUGUUGUUUUGAUCAAUCUAAUUUUAUCUCAUGUGUGUAUGCUCGUUAUCUUUUUACAUCGUUCAAAUUUAAUUGUAUGACUAGGCAGUGCAGUAGCCACUUCAUUUACAGUAGUAAUUAGGGAUCAUAAAACUGUUUUAUUGUCUGUUUGUUGCUCACGGGAUACAGUUACAAAAGAAUAUUGCGAGACGAUUGGCACCUUUGCCAUGACUUGCAUUUUCCUAUAGAGUUUCUAAUAUUAACAAGAACAUACUAAGUGGUUUCAUAACUGGUGACAAUAGAAAGUUACAUAUUUCUACUAAUUUUCAAAAACAAAAUAGGCCCGUUACAAUUAAAACGUCACCGUAAUGAAAAGAAAUGAGAACACAAAAGCAAAUCUUGUUCCUCUUCCUGCUCUAGCAAUUGAAUAUCAUGACCCUACCAUGGUAUAUAUCCCAUCUAUUACUGAGGGGUUCAUCAAUAACCAGUCCACAUAUUUUUUAUUUAAAAGCAUCGAAUUGUCAAAUUAAAAUCACUGACGUUUGCCCAUGAACUCCACUAGCAAGAGCCAUUUGAAAAUACUCGUAAAAUGUUGAGAUGUCUAACGGACAGAAAAGGUUGUAUUUCGUUUGUACGCAUGCGUACGUACUGCGUCAACACGGCCGGGUGGCUUUGAUUACGAAAUCGACGACGACGCUGAAAACGUAAUACUGAUGGUAUCCCCCCACUGUAUAUUCUGUUGUGCUGAAGUUAAGGGCUGAAAUUCGAAACAUUAACAUUUCGUACGCGAUGAGUGGCGCGCGGUGCUACGCGGUGAUGCCGGGCCCGAGGCCCCUGCCCAUCAUAGGCAAUAGUUGGCGCUUUGCUAUAGGCAAGAAUCCAUGGAAGACACGUGCGUUAGACGUAUCUCUUUGGUUCUUAAGAGCCUUAGCUGGCGCCGGCGGUGCCGCUAAAGUUGCGAGACUUUUUGGACAUCCUGACUUAGUGUUCCCGUUCUGUGCCGAGGAAACUGCGAGGAUAUACCGCCGAGAAGACUCUAUGCCGCACAGGGCAAAGGCGCCAUGCCUCAGUCAUUACAAACAAGAUUUGAGAAAAGAUUUCUUUGGCGACGAGCCUGGUCUGAUUGGAGUACAUGGCGAGCCCUGGUCUAGAUUUAGAUCUAAAGUAUCUAAAGCAUUGAUAGCGCCGGAGGCAGCGAAGACUGCAGUGCCCGAUUUAGAAUAUGUGACCAACGAUUUUGUACACAGAAUGGAAUGCAUUCUCGACGAUAAUCGUGAGCUGCCAAAAGAUUUUCUCACGGAACUCUACAAAUGGGCCCUUGAGUCUGUGGGUGCUUGGGCACUGGGGACGCGAUUGGGAUGUCUUAAAGAUAAUGACGCUGAGGCAAGAGAAAUAAUAAGAUGCAUUCACGGAUUCUUUCAUAGUGUCCCUGCGUUAGAACUCUCUGCACCACUGUGGCGUGUUUAUUCUACGCCUGCAUACAAAACAUACAUCGAAGCUCUUGAUGGCUUCAGGUCACUGUGUUUACAGAGAUUGACCGAUAAAGGAAUAUGUUCGCAAAUAGCGAAGAACUACGGCGAAAAAGUUGCAACUAUACUUGCACUGGAUCUAUUAUUGGUUGGUGUGGAUACAACAGCGGCUGCCGCAGCCAGUACUAUGUAUUUGCUGGCAAAGAAUGACAGAGCUCAGAGAAAAUUACAUGUAGAAUUAAAUAACAACCUUCCAAGAGGCAGAGGCAUGUGCAGCAAGGAUCUAGACAAGUUACCCUACUUAAAAGCUUGUGUAAAGGAAUCUUUGCGUAUGAAACCAGUUAUACUUGGGAAUGGGCGAUGUAUUCAGUCAGAUGCAGUUAUAUCCGGUUAUGAAGUGCCUAAAGGGUCUCAUAUAGUUUUCCCGCAUUACGUGCUGUCGAAUGAGGAGAGGUACUUCCCAUCACCGAUGGAGUACGUUCCAGAGCGUUGGCUGCGAGACAGCGAAGUUCACGAGUCAAUGGACCGGCGUCCGCGGGAGGGAGGCGCCGGGCAGCGCGGGCACAGCCGCGAGGCGGAGGUGUGUCGCCGGCAGAAGGAAGUGGGGAUCCACCCGUUCGCGUCGCUCCCAUUCGGCUUCGGCCGCCGCAUGUGUAUCGGAAAGCGGUUCGCAGAAGCCGAGCUACAGCUUUUGUUGGCCAAGGUAUUUCAUAAGUACGAGGUGUCGUGGCGCUACGGCGAGCUCACGUACAGCGUGACGCCGACGUAUGUGCCAAACGAACCGUUACAGUUUACGCUGCACAAGAGAAACGGUAACGACACUAACCUGUAAUUUAUUAAUAUUAAGUAGCUUAUGUCGUAACACUUAGAAUAAUUACCAAAGACAUUUUACAGAUUUAGUGCGCUACGUUUUUGUAUAAUUUAUAAUUUGUGUAAUUUAAAUAAAAAUUAAAUCUAGUGUUGUUUUGAUUUAUCAUUUGUCCGAAAUCAUAUGUGAUCAAUAAGCCUUUUUUUUAAACAUAAUGUAAAAAAAUAUGUUAAACAAAAUACUGACUUCAGACACAGCCUACAGUUAUUGUCUACUGAUCACAAACUGUACGCUUCAGAAACCGACCAACCGAAUCAAGUAUUGACCCCUAACCGAAAUCAUGAAAAGCGACAAAAAACUUGGUGACUGAUGAUAUAUCUCUUAUAAAACCACCGCCUAUUCAUAUAGGUCUGUUCUGGUGACCGUGUUGCGGUUGCUGAUUGUAGACCAACACACUUACUCAACCGCUAGUUGAUUUUUAAAACAUAGUGAACCCACAGUUCAUUGUCGAGCCACUGUUAAUAGGUGUAUGU